CAUCUCUACAACAUAUUGUGAAGAAAGGCUCUAGAAGAUCAUAGUGCUAUAAGCAAUCUCAUCAAUUCGUCAUGGAUCAAGAAGAAUCCAUCAGAAUUCUGUCUGACAGAAUUCUAUAUUUCGAAUUCUUUGGUGGUGGUGGUAGUACACAAAAGCGAACCAAGGGUGACGCCUUAACUUAUCUUAAGCAAGUUAAGGAUGUGUUCGGAGAUGAAGGGGAAAAGUACAUUAGGUUCCUUGACGUCAUGAAAGAUUUCAAGGCUCAAAGGAUUGAUGUUGCUGGCGUGAUUGGGAGUGUGAAGGAGUUGUUUAAAGGACACCCUAAUUUAAUCCAAGGAUUUAAUACAUUCUUGCCAAAGGGCUGUGAAAUUAGCCUCACUGGAGAAGAUGAGGCUCCACCAAAAAGGACACUUGAGUUUGAUGCUGCUUUCAGUUUUGUGAAUAAAGUUAAGAAACGGUUUCAAAAUGAUGAUAGUGUUUAUAAAUCUUUCCUAGACAUCUUGGAGAUGUACCGAGACGAACACAGGGGGAUAACUGAGGUCUACCAAGAGGUUGCAACACUUAUUGGUGAUCAUGUCGAUCUUCUCGAUGAGUUUACCAGAUUUCUCCCUGUUACUGCUGCGGCAUAUGCUUCAGAGAGGGGUGCUCAUUAUUCACAUAAUUAAGUUAGGCUGCUUUUUUCUUUUAAUAAAUGUUCUUGUUUGAGAUCAAUAUGCAGAAUAUUUCUUCCAAUUUUUGGAGUAGUAGUGAAUUGAUGGAUGAUGUGUUGAUUCCUUGUUCUGGAUGACUUUUUGUACUGGAUGCCCAAGUGAUCUGUAAUGUUUUUGUACAUGGUUUAUGUGUACAGGCAAACUCCUUAUACAGAUAGUAAUGGGCUCACAAGACUCAA